UGGCUCCAGAGGUCAGAAAUUCGCUAAUCGUUGUGGAAAUUGCCGAAUUUAAGUACCUAUGUAAUUCUAUGAAACAAACCCUAUUGUUUCUUUGUUAGCAACCAAAUCCUACUCCUACAACAUAAUUACAUUAUUAAUAUUACGAUGUCAUCAAGAGCAGUGUCUACUAUACAACAAGUUAAAAUACUGGCCGAAAAAAACCGCGGUAGUUUCAAAACGGUUAAACAACGUAAUAGCCCUUCAAAAAAGUCUAAGAAAGUGAAGGUUUGCCAUACAAUAGUAGCAGACAUGGAAGUAACGGCUUUGGAUAAACAAAAAAAAACCACUACCCCUUCUGACAACCCUUAUGCUCGGGAAAUAUUUAUGAGUAAAACAAAUGUCGAAGAAAUUGUGCAAGCAUUGACAAAAGAAAAUUCCAAAUCGCAAUUAUGGGAUGCGCACAAGCGACACAAGAAAGAAAAAGGGUACCGGGAGAGAUUAUACCGUUUCUAUGCCGAGGAGCCAAAGUUGAGAGUUCGGGAUCCAUUGUAUAAGCUACAGUUUAGAAGCUCGUACUAUCAAUAUCGGUUCUUUUUGGCGUUGAAAAAACCGUUGUACAGCGAGGCCGAAUAUAAAACUUACUUGAUGCAGCUGCAGGCAGCUGGGAUGAGAGAGUGUAUGGUCAAUAUGCGAAAAAAUAACAUCGUGCUCAAACUGGAGGACAAGAUUAUACCACAAGUACGAAGCAAGUUUCCGCGUUGUUGGAGUGGAAAACUAGAAAAAUUAUCUCUCUAUGUGAUGGAUGCUUAUCAGCGAAAGAAAGAAAAAGCGAAAAAAAGAAUGCUCAUGGAUGCAACUGAUUCUAUAAUACCACAGAAUGAUCACGUUGUGAAUGAUUUUCUAAAGUGCUCUAACGCUUCCGAUAUAGGUUCUGCGAGACAAAUUAAUAGCAUUAUUCCUUAUAUCGACUUUCAUCUUGAACAUUAUAAAGCAUUUGGCUGGUUGGAGUUUAAUAAUAACAAUCUCAACAAACAGUAUAAAAUGAGAGAGUCUGGUGAAACUUCUGCUACUGUUACAGUACCAGUGCCCAUGGAAUCUCCAGGGAUUUCCAAUAGUUCUGAUACGAUGAAUUCUUUAAAUUCUGAAAUGGAACAUAUGAGAGCUGAAAUGGCAAUGACACAGCCUACAAGUGAGCUUCUGUUACCUGGAUCGUGUUUUACCGAUACUAUAGAUGUUAUUAAUGCUCUGAGUACUACAGAGAGGGAUUCUGUGAAUGUGGCGGCUACUGUGACAGUUGAAACACAGAUGCCGGACGACAAAACAAAGCGGGUCCAAUCUGCCAUUGCAAUUACAUCCAGUGGCGCCGUGCCAAUGGCGCAAGAAAAUUCGAAUCUUCAGAUCGAAAUAACCGAUUCGACAGAUCAAACGAAAAAAUCUUCUAAUAUUCAAAAUACCAGCUCAGCAAAGACGAGCAAACAGCCUACAAAAACAAUUUCUUCUAAUAUUCGGACAACCCUGACUAGAUUUGAUCAACAAAAGAGUCCUCCACCUACCAUAGCAAAAGCCUCUAGCACUCCAUCAUUUCAUGGAGUGGUUCCUAAACCACGAAAAAUAUCUUAUGAAUCAGAUUCACAAAAUGAGAUAAAUUCAUCAAUGACCCAUGGGCUGAAUAGUAUACCGGGCUCAAUGCCAAACACAGAAAAGUUUUGUCCUCCGGUUUGCUCUACUCAAAUAUCCGAACAGCAACAGCAGCAAAAUGAAUCGAGUCAUUUCUUAAUAACACCAGCACAGCCAGAGGUUUAUGAAAUACCCGACUCUCCCUCAAGUCCGGCAAAUGAAUCCAUUGUUCAGAAUACCAGUUCCAAAACAGCAAAUUCUUAUACUUUGGAAUAUAUGCGCAAUUACUCUAAUAUAGAUCAGCUUGUGAUCGAGAAAAUCAAAGGAGCGGAUUCAAACCUCGCUGAAAAGCGUCUUUUGAUGUUAGAUAAGUACGUGGAACGAUUCUACAAACGUGCGCGUGGCUUUUUAUCUAUUAAUAUUUUCCCAGAAGGCUUGAAGCUUCUAACAAGUGAAGAACGGAUUGAAAAGAAUAAGAGUGCCAAUUUAAAACAAGUUCCAUCAGUAAUCGCUACCGAGAAAUGUAUAUCAUGUAUAUCUAAUUCACCGCCGGUCCAAUUAGUAUCUGAUAAGGCAAAUGCAGCUAUACCAUGUGUUACACAAAACUCAAGUUUAAUUUCGGAAACAAUACCAAAUACGGAAGAUUUCUGUCCUCCAAUUUGUUCUACACAACUUCCUGAACCAUUAGAACAUCCAACAUCAUUAUUUAAUUCAAACCUACACCAUUCUACCAGUCAAAAUCUUCAGUUACAAACUGUACAAGUGUCUACUUCUCGACGCAGUGUAGAAUCGUCACCGCAGAACAUAACACACCUAACAGAAACUUCCAUGCAAUUGAUUCCUACACCAUCGACUCAUCACAGCUCGAUACCUUUUGCUCAAAAUCAACAUCUUCGGAAUAAGCCGGAUAGUGCAUCAGAAUCAUCCGACUCCAAUAUUACUGUUCUUCACAACAGUAAAAAAGCCCAUGACGUAACUAUCAAACAGGAGAACAAUAUUUCUGAUUACGGAUCUGACGUUGAAUUCCAAGAAAUGGUAAAUAACGUGAUUUGCUUGAGUGACGACGAUGAUGAGUCUAAUCAUGUGGACGCUAAUGAGUUAAUUGAUCGACAUUCCAAACAACCAGGUCAUGAGCCUAUGAUACUUCCAAUAAUUAGAGAUCAAAUUCAAGAACUAUUUACGGGUAACCUUGACAAAACGUUGUCUCAAAAUAGCUCCAAUAGCGGCGUAGAUGCGCGGUCUGAAGUUCAAUCUACAAGUUCACCUAACAACGGAUCAGUUUGCGCAGAAUGUUUGGGGUUUCGCUAGCUCACUGCCGCAAAUCACAAGUAACAUCUAGUAAUUCAAAUCUGUUGAACCCCAAGUUUCAACAUCAACACGAUGAGUCAUCUACCCGUCAUACUCAAUUACGAAUAGUAGCACCAAUCAAUAGUAGGACUGAAACAAUACCCCAACGUUGUAGCACAUGGUUAGGCAAAAGUCGUUGGUGCUAUUCCAGCUUCCUAACACGAAUCGAGAUCCUUACGGUGCAGUUCUAUCGGAACCCGUCUGCAUAUCAACAGCGACAUCAUUUAAAGAUAACGCUGAAAUACGGAUCUUGCCGUUUCACUGUUACCGACUACGAAGUACGUAAACUGUUGAACCUUACCGGCGCAGAUCGAGGAUGGCUCGCACUAACUAGAGUUCUUAACAGGGUUGGACGAUUCCAUUAUAAUAAAUUUGGGCAGUCUACGAGCCGGAUUGAUUUUAAUCUCAUGAGUAUCAGUGAUAAGUUAUUGUAUUUGUUUUUUAGUACCUUUCCCGUUUCUAUCCAGGAUGCGGGCUGGGUUAUAAAUUCUCGAAACAAUUUGGCGGACUUUUACGAAGAACCUGUAAAUUUAGAGAAGUUUAACUUUGUUAUGCAUUAUUCCGGUUUCGAAAAAAGAGCCACUAGUAAUAGUAUUAAUUUAAGUGAGGGUGUAUGUCCCUAUGUUGUAAAACGAAUGCGUCAAAUCAACGAUAAGUUUGUGUAGUUUUCGUUCGAUACAUGUUAAUAAAAACAAGAAUUAUUUCACACAACUGUCUGAUCUAGCGUUUCUCUUGCGUGGCAAGCUACAUAUCUUUCUAUAAGAAAUAAAAAACAUUUUCUACAAAUA